UCGAUCGUGUUCUACAUUUGUCACUUGUUACUUUAUCCAUUAAUUAACAAUGAGAAAAARCAAAAUAGCAAAGUCAUUACAUCAAUGUGCAAUUGUCUCAAAUAGACUUCAUCAGRACAGAGAUAAAUGGACCUUCAAGCAGAUACGAGGAAUUUUUGUAGACUGGUCCUUCUUCUCUUGAAAGUUGGAAAACCCAAGCUUCGUCAAUUCUUCAUCAACAAAUGGAAAGCCGUUAAAGGCCAUAAACGCUGGACUGAUUGCGAAAAAAAUGGAGAGGAUUUGCUACGACUGUUUACCAAUCCCCUUGCACAUGAGCUUGACGCAAUAAAGUCUGGCAACACACUAGAAUGGAGCCUUUCACUUGUCAUUAAAGUUCUUUUACAUUUAGAAAAGCCAUUAUUUAUUAGAAGAGGCAAAAUCAAGGCUCUAAAGUAUUUAGGUGAAUUGCGUGAAGAGGUUGGCCGUAAACUUGAAACGGAAAUUGGAGAAGCUGAGUUCGAGAUUAAGUGGAAUGAUGCGUGUAAUGCGUUGAGCUUGUUUGGGGCGAGGUCAAGUGAUUUUAUGGAAACCAAGAGAGAUAUGAAACAGAAUUGGGGUCAGCUUUAUCCAUUGUUGAGAAACGUCGCCUCGCACGAGAAAGACAUUCUGGAAAUAUUACCAACUUUACAUCGGUGUGCAAUCAGCAGAAUAUACUCCACUUAAAGUUCCAUUGCCAUACAAGAAAAAUAAAAAUGAAUACAUAUUUCAUGUUAGUGACUAUGAUGAUCUUUGUGGGCAGUCUUUUGAUGUAUCUGAAACCGGUAUUUUCCUUGAACUUCCGCCAAAACGUCCGUUUAUUCCCUUCACUUUGAAGUGCAUUGUACCUUUUGAAAUUGCGAAAUCCAUACCUUCUCCUGUUGGCAAAAACGAAACUCUYGUCAGUUACAUAGUGAAGUUGGAAUCACCAACAUACACACUGAAAAGAAUACAGCAAGUUAUUGUUACUCUAGUACAUUCUGGCGCUGACAAAACACUUGGCUAUGAAAACGUUAUGAAAGUUUUCGAUGAAGACAAAAUGUUAUGGCGUGAAGAACGUAUGCGGCUUCUUAGGACAAAACAAUAUAAAGGGACUAAUUCUAUCCAAGUACUUGUAAAUAUACCGACUAUUUUAGCAGUUGUAACCAGACUCAUCACAGAUCGAUUCCAAGUCACACCCAAAGGAUGUGUUGUCAGGUCUUCUGUGUGCGAUGAUGUCACGAUUGAGUUCCCUCAAGGAGCUGUAGACAAGACCGUGGAAGGAACCAUGAAGCUAAUGCUAAUGCCUGAAAACAUCCACGAUAGCAAAGAUGCUUGUCCAAUACUCUGUACGGAUGGUUUUUCAAGUACUGCCUUUUUAAAGUCUGUUAUCGUAAAGAUGCCCUUGCCAAACAACACAGCAGAAUACUCAACAAAAGACAUCCAGCUUCUUCGUUUGGACGAUUACACAUGGGAAUAUAAAGAAUGGAAAGAUGUAACAGAUCAAGUAAAAAUUGUAAAGUUUAAGACCCACACAGAAUUUCACGUAAAUCACUUCUCCUGUUUGUGGCCGUGGAUGUCUAAGACAAGAAUCCGAUUUGCUUCUACGAUAUUUCGGUAUUUACGUUCGCCGCCACGAGCUGUCUGUUUCGCCGCCUUCAAGGACACUAACGAAGACGCAAGUCUGUCACCAAAGUUAACGUUAGUGUGUGUUGCAAACCAUGAGCAGUAUGAAACUGUAUCUAAGAUGAAAGGUGAGGGCUAUUUCAGACUUGCAUUAGCUACUGCCGAUCGAAAAAUGAGACCAGAUGAUAAAGCCUACCUGAAGGUCAAUGGUGCUGACAUGAGAAUUGAAUUUUUUUUUUUAAGGUUCUUGAAAGAUGAAGUCUGUAGAAAGGAGCUACGUUUACUUGAUCAAGCCGAGAACCAUGAAGAACUGGUCCUUAAUUUUUUCCCGAACCCUGAAGAACCCUUCGACGUACUUUUGGUUUCUCUCCAAAUAAGCAAGAACUUGGUGUUUUUGCGUAGAGGCAUAGAGAGACAAAGAACCCCACUGGCUCAUCAACAGGAAGUUGAAGAACAAGCUCAGCCAUUAGAAGGUGCAGUGGCAAAUCUGCCAUCGGUGUCGUCGGAAGAAGAAGAAGAAGGAAUUCGAGACCUUGUUUCGCGUUUUAGCAAAGCAUCAUUGGCUACUCUCGGCGCAGCAGAAGUGGCAGAAGGAUUGCGUCAGUAUUUAGGCCUUGACAGAACCUUAAUUGCCGACCCUCCGUACGAAAUUAUUCAAAAAUGUCAACAAUUUUGCCGUUUUCUAAAAGAUAAUCGAAGAAAAGAUAUCGUUGAAGCCCUUAGAGAUGAAUUACCUAGUGGGAUGACAGGUCCACUUAUGGAUGGAAAAACCUUUGUCAAGAAUCUGGACCAUGGAACAAAAUUAACAUUGUCUAGAGCUUUAUCAGUAACCGAUCAAUGGCAAACUUUUGCAGAAAAAAUCGGAAUAACAUAUACUGAUAUUCGAUUUUACUCAGAAAGAGUAACUAACCCUGUUUUGAAGAUACUGGACGAUAAUUGUGCUUACAUGAACAUUGACACACUGUACAGACUUCUUGUUGAAAGUGAGGCAAACGCUAUCGCUGAUAUCCUUUGACGGUGUGGCGGAAGCAUUCAGUGGCUGCUGUAGUAAAAAUAGAGGAGAGUGUUACCAAAGACAAUCGGUUAUGUAAUCCAAGACGUUCUAAAUCAGGGGAUGUUCGACAUUGAAAUUUGCUUGGCCUGGUUGUAUUGGUAUUUGGCUAUCCAGUUCAUAUUUUUCAGUGCCCGAUUGGCUUGAUUGAACAUUUGUCUGUUCUGCGGAAGAUGAUGGGCUCUUAGAGAGCUCGGUUGCUAAUUAUAAAUGUAUCAGAAAAUUAAUACACCCUCACGUCUUCUCAGAUGAGGACGAUAAAUUGUUGUUGGUCCUUAGAAAUAUUUUUAACGCUUUUAAAGUGUUUGCUAAUGAGGAAAUCGCAUUCUUGUCUCCCAACAUUUUCUUAAUGAUUUGAACUCCUGAUGUAAAAGUAGGGGCGUUUUUCCCAGUUCAGCGGCAUAUUUCAAUAGACCUAUUUACCUCAGGCGUAAUGUUUUCCUAUUUCAGACCACGUUUCAUUCUCUUGAGAAUAAGAUUCUUUGUUUGAGUUAUAUCCAUAUUAAUGUGUCUAUCAUGCGCAACUGUUAAACAAAAAAUUAUACUCUAGGGAAGGAUACGUGGUCUGAAAUGGGAAAAAUUUUAGCUCAGUGGCAUAGGGGAGCGGAAUCAGUAAUAUUUUAGUUUCCAUAUUAUGUAUUAGUUUUGAAAAGAAGAAUCGAUAAAUCAGUGCAGUACAACUG